UGGCAGAAAGUUUAGAGUCAAAAUGGGGAGACAUUUCCACCUGUACGAGAACAUCUCCAAAGUCAACCCCUUUGAGGGGCCCCAGUAUUACCUGGCCCCAACCUGGGCUUUCCACCUGCAGACCCUCUUCAUGGGCCUGGUCUUCUUUAUUGGUACGCCUUUAAACUUUAUCGUYCUCGUGGCCACCAUCAAGUACAAGAAGCUCAGAGUUCCUCUCAACUACAUCCUGGUCAACAUCACCCUGGCUGGAUUCAUCUUUGUCACCUUCUCCGUCAGCCAGGUGUUCGUCGCCACCAUGAGGGGCUACUACUUCCUGGGUUACACCUUGUGUGCCAUGGAGGCUGCCAUGGGCUCCAUAGCAGGUCUGGUGACAGCCUGGUCCCUCGCCGUCCUGUCCUUUGAGCGGUACCUGGUCAUUUGUAAACCAUUUGGAGCCUUUAAGUUUGGCAGCACUCACGCUGCAGCUGCUGUUGUCUUCACCUGGUGCAUGGGGGUGGGCUGUGCCACGCCACCUUUCUUCGGCUGGAGCAGGUACAUCCCCGAGGGGCUGGGCUGCUCCUGUGGACCCGACUGGUACUCGAACUGUGAGGACCGCAGCUGUGGYAGCUACAUGAAGUUCCUGCUGGUCACCUGCUUCAUCCUUCCUCUGAGCAUCAUCAUUUUCUCCUACUCCCAGUUACUGGGAGCUCUGCGAGCUGUUGCAGCCCAGCAGGCAGAGUCAGCGUCCACCCAGAAGGCUGAGAAGGAAGUCUCCAGGAUGAUCAUCGUCAUGGUGGGGUCCUUCGUCAGCUGUUACGGGCCGUACGCUCUGACAGCUAUUUACUACGCUUACUCUCAGGAUGAAAACAAAGAUUAUCGCCUCGUCACCAUCCCCGCAUUUUUCUCCAAGAGUUCGUGUGUUUACAACCCGCUGAUCUACGCCUUCAUGAACAAACAGGUGAGGACUGUAGAAUCGGCAAACACACUCAUCUCCUUGUACUUUGAAGAUUUCUUGAAGACGUUUUAUAUUUUUGUUGCCAUUGACCCAGUUAUAAGUCCUACUGUCCAUUUUAAAACUGUAAGGCAUCGGUUCUGUUUGGGGAUGAAGCUAAUCUCAUCUUUUAAUCCUGCAAGUAAAAUCUGAGGCCACCUGGAGAGAGCUGAGGAGUAAAUAUGACUUUCUCCGUCUUUCAGUUUAACGGUUGCAUUAUGGAAAUGGUGUUUGGCAAGAAGAUGGAAGAAGCAUCUGAAGUGUCUUCAAAGACUGAGGUGUCCACAGCGUCUUAGU